AUGCAGCGAGUCCCGGCGACUCCGCGAAAAGAUUCGGUGAAGGCCACGAUCAGUCAAAACGACCUCUCCUUUGUGAAUAAGUUGGGAGUGGGCGCAUUCGGCGACGUGUGGGAGGGACGACUACGAGGAACGACAACGGUCGCCAUCAAGUCCGUCCGAUCAACCGACAAGACUUCAUUCCUGGCCGAAGCGCAGAUCAUGUCGUACGCUUCCCUCAAACCUCGCUCAACUAAACGCUUCGCUUUGAUCUUAAUCACCCACACGUUCGAACUCUUGGGAGUCUUCCGGCGACACCCGAACGUGGUUACAUUUUUCGGCCUGGCGGAGGGUCCGGGCCAGCUCUUCAUCAUCACCGAGUUCAUGGCCGACGGAUCUCUCGACAAGCAUCUGAUCCGGAACCAAGGUGCGGUCAGCGUGGAGUCGCUGAUACAGAUGACCAAGGACCUCGCUGCGGGCAUGGACCAUCUCGCGGAGCACGGCAUCAUCCACCGCGACCUGGCCGCUCGCAAUCUUCUGCUCGAGAUCAAGCGAUCCGACGUCUACCGCGUCAAGGUGUGCGACUUUGGGCUGUCGCGACUCUCCACCGAAGAGCUCAACCCGCAACAGAUGAAGACCAUUCCUGUGCGCUGGACGGCCGUUGAAGUGUUCAUGGGCAAGCCGUACACGGGCAAAUGCGACGUCUGGUCGUUCGGUGUGACGGUGUGGGAGAUCUUCAGCUUUGGUGCGCUGCCCUACGCCGGCAUGGCGACCCGCGAGGUGGUCGACGCCGUGCUCCAGGGCGUGCGGCUGGCCAAGCCCGACGGCUGUCCUGACGACAUCUUCACGCAGAUCAUUCUGCCCUGCCUCCAGGCGAACCCCGAGGACCGGCCCACCUUCCGCGAGCUCUACCACAAGCUCGAGUCGCUGUUUCCCUCGCAGCAGCGCACCUCCUCCUCGCUCACCACUUCGCCCACCACCUCCAACUUCUCGGCCACGCUCUCCCACUCAAGCAGCUGCGGCGGAAGCGGCGGAAUCUCCCUCUCCAGCUCGCCAGCGGCCGCGGUUCCGACGAGCAUGGCCAUGCAGGUGGCCGAAGAAGUGAUGGCGUCGUCGCAGUCCCUGACCGCCCUGGCGCCCUACGCCUCGUCGUCGGGCGUGACCACGCGUUCACCGCCGUCAGUGGAGUCAGCCGAACCCAGCGUUACACCUGUGGCCCCGUCCAAGACUGAAGAUGGCGGCGGCCGGGAGUGGCAAGAUGACCGCGUUCAGCUCCGCGGCGAAUAA